GUUACGCUUUCUUUUUUCCGUUCCUGAAGCAGACGCGAUUAAGCUAAACUGCAAAGUUAGCAAUGUCAGGUGUCGAAGAAACUUUAAGUGAACCCGUAGAAGGCAAAGAAGAUAAAGAGUUUAGCGUGGAGGCUGAGGACCAACUUGGAGAUGAUUAUAUUGCGGAUCCGACUAGAUAUAUAUAUUACAGAGACCGAAAGGAGUGGGCUGACCUGGAGCCCGUUCCUCAGGAUGAUGGACCUAAUCCUGUGGUGAAGAUCGCCUACUCUGAAAAGUUUUCAGAUGUUUAUGACUAUUUUCGUGCCCUCCUGAAGAAGGAUGAAAGAAGCGACCGGGCCUUUGCAUUAACAGCUGAGGCUAUUGAGCUAAAUGCUGCAAACUAUACAGUAUGGCACUACAGGCGAGUACUGUUGCAAGCCCUGUCAAAGGACCUGAGGGAGGAGAUGAAGUACAUUACUGCCAUCAUUGAGGAUCAACCCAAAAACUAUCAAGUCUGGCACCACAGACGUAUGGUGGUCGAGUGGCUGAACGAUCCCUCAGAGGAGCUGGAGUUUAUAGCAGACAUUCUCAGCCAAGAUGCAAAGAACUACCACGCCUGGCAGCACAGACAGUGGGUCAUCCAGGAGUACAAACUGUGGGAUGAUGAGCUGGAGUUUGUUGAAAACCUUUUGGAAGAUGAUGUGAGGAAUAAUUCAGCAUGGAACCAGAGACAUUUUGUCAUUUCUCAUACUACAGGCUUCUCUGAUCCGGCCAUAGUGGAGCGAGAGAUUCAGUAUUGUCUGAGUCAGAUCAAGAAGGCUCCUCACAAUGAAAGUGUAUGGAACUAUUUGAAAGGGAUGCUGCAAGACAGAGGUCUGUCAUCUCAGCCAAAGCUGCUGGAAAGAGUCCUGGAGCUGAAGGAGACGCAUUGCUCACCUUACCUUCUAGCAUUUCUCUACGACUGCUACGAGGAUGCUUUGGAGGACAGCAGCCAAAAGGAAAGUGUGGACAAAAAGGAAACGUUAAGAAAGGCAGAAGAAAUUUGUGAAUUUCUGGCACACGAGAAAGACACGAUUCGUAAGGAGUACUGGCUGUUUUUGGGACGUUCUCUGAGAAGCAAACACGACUCUGAGCCAGCAGACAGCCCUGAACCUUCAUCCCCAACGUCUGGACAGCAAGAGAUGAGCUAGAGGAGGAGACCCGUGCCAUUAGCGCUUCAGCUUGCCUCAUGUCUAACUCACAGCGUGGUUUGACUGCAAUGUAUACUGCUAAAUGAAAGGCACAGACGUCAAGACAGGUUCAGUGUUUGAAUCAUAAGCCAUAAUUUAUACCAUCGGAUGUCAGGAAUUUGAAACCAUCUAACCAGUUUAUCGUCUCCAUAUCAGUUCAGCAAAGUGGCUUUUGAUAGUGUUUCUUGGAAUCUGAGCGAGGCAGUCAUGUUGUUUUCUAAUUGUGUCAGUCUCAGUUUGCCAGCGUUGAUUUAUGAUUGAUUUAGGUAGUAUUACCAAGUAUACUGGUAAUACUUCAGUCAGUGCAUUUAAAUGUACGAUAAAAAACUAUUUACAGUUGGAGAACAAAUCUAUUAACAUGUUUAUGCUCUUUGUGUUUUGUAUUUUAAAGUACCUUUAUGUGUGAAUGGACACGUUAGUGACUGUAAAUCAAUAUCAUGUGCUUGUAAAGGCUGGAACGUUUUCUGAAACCGGUCAGAGAAUUGGGUUCGUAUAAAUAAAAACUUUGUAGUAAUACUGUAAGGUCA